UCGGCACUGUCCCUCUUUAAGCUCCCCCCUGUUGGAGCUCGAAGGGGAACUCCGCCUCAAUUCCUUAAACUCUCCCCGGCCCCGUUGCCUUUGUUUUAUUGUCUGCUCCUCCUGUUCCACCUUACUGUUCAGUCUCUCAUUACGAUAACAUGGCGUCUCUGAGAUCCGUUCUCGCUGCCGGCCUCCUUCUCCUGUCGACAACGGCCAAUGCCCACUUCGAGCUUCAACAUCCCUCCCCUCUGACGGCUGAGAGCAGCUCGCAGGCCACGGCACCAUGCGGUGGUGCCAAUGCCGACAUUGAUCAAAACACGGCGACCGAUUUCCACGUCGAAGGCGACUACGUACAACUAUUCAAUGGGCAUGCUCAGGGCAAUUGGUUGAUCCGUGGUACCCUUGACCCCAAAGCCGGCGGCGACUGGGAGCAGCUGUUCCCCAUUGUGCAACAAACUGGGCGUGGUAACUUCUGCGAGCCUGUUGUGACAGUGCCCGGCGAGUGGGCUGGGAAGAAGGGGUUCCUAGGCAUCAGCGGCAAUGCUGGCGAUGGCAUUCUAUACGCGUGCGCCGCUGUCAACUUCGUGUCUGGUUCCGCGCCAGCCCCCGGCGGCUCUUGUGUCAACGGCAGCGCCGUCACGGCAUCCUUCCAGCCGGAUGACACACUGUCGGCGCUCGUUGGCUCAUCGUCCAAUUCGGGGUCCAGCGGGUCGGAAACCACGGCGCCCGCUCCGGCGGCUACCACCUCACAACCCAGUGCCGCCGCACCAAUGAUGGGCGAGAGGGUAUCGUUUGGAAGCUUCGCUCUCACAGGCGUGAUGCUUCUCGUCGGCGCUGCUUUGCUGUAA